CCCGGGCUCGAUCACGCUUAUGGCAUGAAAUUGACCACGUGAACACGCUCAUUUUUAAUUACAUACAAGCUUGAGUCCACCAUCCCCGACUGACACGCAUCUGUGCACCGGUCUAAGCGCAGCCCCUCCACCAUGCACCUUCUGUGCCUUACCUCUCUCUUCAUUACAAUGCUUGCAUCGUUGGUGACCGCACAGUCCAGCCGCUCCUCGAGCCAGCAACAGGACCACACGAGCCAGGGUCACACGAGCCAGGGUCAAACGAGCUCCUCUAAUGGAAAUAGCGUCUCCACUUCCUGGUAUCAAACACCGACAUUCCUCAUCACCAAUGGCAAUCGUGUAUAUACCACUCUUAGUGUCCCUGUGGGUAUCACGUUGGGGGCUACAAGUACGAGUUCUGCAGCAGGCAGCACUUUGACUCAAGUGGGGAACUCUACGGCCACUACAUCUGGAGGCAAUGGCACCACAAUCCAAACUUCCACCAGCACCACCCCAACAACAUACCCUAUUGCACCAACGACGAUUCCGCUGGGUGGUGGAGGAACAACCGCACCUGCACCUGUUCCCGGAGGGACUGGGUCGCUGCCGCAAGGUCCUGGUGAUGGUCAUAUCAAUAGGGUUCCAAAGUUAUGGCCAGCUUCGUUGGGUCUAUCAUUACAGUCUUCGCUGUUGUCUUUACGACGACCCACUGGUUCUCAUAAUCCGCUCUUUUCCUCAUCACUGAACGACUCCGCCUUGUACAAGGCAAGAAAGCGAUGCACUAUUACGUAUUUCCGUCUCAACUAAAUUUAGCAUUCAUUAGACAUUCCUCAUGCACUUGUGGCAACUCGCGGAUUUUUCGACGUAAUCCUUAUUCUCUUCCUUGAAUUCUUUUUUUUUCAUUACCUAGAUGGACCUAAUACCACGUUCACUGUUCUUGGUCGUAAAGGCUUCUGUUCCCAUGCCGCAAUCACAUGCCUCCUCAUCCCCGAAGAUGUUACGUGGGCACGAAAGGGUUAUUUAUCUCGGAAGUGGCACUUGGUGUGUAGGAGCUUUCGUUUACCUCGGCACCAUGGGAAGCUUUGCCAGCUGGCUCGGUUC